GCGUCUGAUAUAUUCUGUUUCUGGACAUCUAUUUCUCUGUACGAUAUCCAUAGAUCAAAUACGACAAAGACUGCUCUUUGGGUACGAUGAUGCGACUACGACACUCGUUUUAUUAUUCGAGCUUUCGAAUAGGAGUAUAAGACGUGGGAUGAGUUGGUUAUUACUAUGAAGGAAUAUUGGAAAUUCGCCGACUAUACGCAUCAGAGAGAACCGAUUCCGAAGUCUGACUCGCAAGACUUGGAAUUGUCUGUUACAUCCAGUCUGAAAUUCAUAAUUGAUAGCUCCGAUGUAUCUGCCUUCGAUCAAGGCAAGACGUGUCGAAUAUUCGGUUCCAUUAGCCGAUAUGUGUCAGACUCUAUACCAGCUGUGAUACUCAGUAAUGAGACCGCUUCUGACCAAGGUUUGUCACCAGCUACAGGCUAUGAGAAAGCCAUGUCGGCUGAUGAUCACUGCUUCGAUCAAGUCACCAAUAUAGCAGCCAUACCUCAGAACGUUGAAACCCUCAAUCCUGUUGUUCUCGAAGAACCUCGGCCACAGCCUCGGAACUCAGCUGUGCUCACUCAAUACAAGAGCCCUGAUCAGGACAAGACUGAAGCAGUUGAGGUAUCCAGUAAUUCGAGUCAACUCAGGCGAAUACGCACAGAAUGUUCAGAUGACAAUACCUCCCUGGAAGAGCAGGAAGACCUUCCGGAAUCGAAGUCUUUACCAGACAAUUCGUUAUCUCCUCAUCAGCUCGAAAAGAGAGAAGGGAAAGACACACAGCCUGUUUCUAGUGGUCUGCGAAUGAAAUUAACCUUCACUAAUGAGAGUGCGAUACACCAGAGACUGUACAAACUGUGCAAGAACCUCUGUGCUCACAAGAGUUGGAGUACUUGUCUGUUUGUUGCAAGGGAAGUGUGUUAUAUUACUACUUGUUUGGUGCGAAAACUGCGGCGUGGUCCUUUGCAAUUUGCGAAAGGAAGAAUCGUUCUUAAUCGGGUGCAGCAACAUGGGCGGCACACACUCGCCUCUAAAAUACCCAUGCCGGAGACUCGGCGCAUCAUCGACAACAAACCAAAACUCGCCUUAUACCACGGUUCCGUGACGCACCCACUCGUCGUGUACGAAAACGAGGGCGCCCUGCCUCCGGCCUUGCUGUACGCCGGCCCCCGAUUGAUCUCGGCAUCCAUCAUCUUGGCCAUCAUGUUGUUAUUAAACGCAAUUGGAUACGGGGCCGUCACAGCCUUGAGCCCAUGCAGCAGAGAGAACGUCUCCGCAUGGCCUCACUUACAAGCCAUUGACCGCGAUCCUGCUGGGCUUCGCUGA